AUGAGGCUUCCUGUCGGGGGGCACCUGAUGCCCCCAGCGGCGGGGCACCCGCGCCCACCCGCCCAGAGCCGCCGCGGCGCUGCAGCAGCGAAGGGAGGAACAGCAAGAUCCCAUGGGCUGGCUGCGCGAAGUCGAGCUGGAGCCAAACUGCGCUGCGAUCCCCCCGCCCGCUGCCUUGUAGUGACACCUACCCCGUCCCCACCAAUCCCAGGCGCGGGCGGCAGGCCACGUGGGGAGGAUGCCAGCCUCUCAUUGGCUAUGCCAGUGGCACCCCCCCCCCACCGAAGCCCGACGUCACCCAGCCACCUCACCCCCAGCACCCAGCUAGCUCCCCCCCACCCAGCCAGCUCCCCCCCAGCACCCAGCCAGCUCACCCCCCAGCACCCAGCCAGCCUCCCCCCCAGCACCCAGCCAGCUCCCCCACCAGCACCCAGCCAGCUCACCCCCAGCACCCAGCCAGCUCCCCCCACAUCCAGCACCCAAACAGCUCCCCCCUCAAAGCACCCAGCCAGCUCCCCCCAGCACCCAGCCAGCUCCCCCACCCCCCAGCACCCAGCCAGCUCCCACCCACCCAGCACCCAGCCAGCUCCCCCCAAGCACCCAGCCAGCUCCCCAGCCCAGCACCCAGCCAGCUCCCCACCAGCACCCAGCCAGCUCUCCCCCACCCAGCACCCAGCCAGCUCACCCCCCCAGCACACAGCCAGCUCCGUCCCAGCACCCAGCCAGCUUCCCCCCAACCCAGCACCCAGCCAGUUCCCCCCCAGCCAGCUCCCCGCCAACCCAGCACCCAGCCAGCUCCCCCCACACCCAGCACCCAGCCAGCUCCCCCCCCAUCCAGCACCCAGCCAGCUCCCCCCAACCCGGCACCCAGCCAGCUCCCCACCCAGCACCCAGCCAGCUCCCCCCCAGCACCCAGCCAGCUCCCGCUCAGCACCCAAACAGCUACCCCCCAAAGCACCCAGCCAGCUCCCCCCUCACCCAGCACCCAGCCUGCUCCCCCCCCACAAAGCACCCAGACAGCUCCCCGCUAAAGCACCCAGCCAGCUCCCCCCUGCAAAGCACCCAGCCAGCUCCCCUCCCACCCAGCCAGCUUCCCCCCCCGCAGCACCCAGCCAGCUCCCCACCCAAAGCACCCAGCCAGCUGCCCCCCAAAAGCAGUCAGCCAGCUCCCCACUCAAAGCACCCAGCCAGUUCCCCCAACAAAGCACACAGCUUGCUCCCCCCUCCAGCACCAAGCCAGCUCUCCCCCAGCACCCAGCCAGCUCCCCAACAAAAGCACCCAGCCAGCUGCCCCGCCAAAGCACCCAGCCAGCUCACCCCUCAAAGCACCCAGCCAGCUUCCCCACCCAGCACCCAGCCAGCUCCCCCGACACAGCACCCAGCCAGCUUCCCCCACAGCAGCCAGACAGCUCCCACACCACCCAGCACCCAGCCAGCUCCCCCACCAGCACACAGCCAGCUCCCCCCCGACCCGGCACCCAGCCCGCUCCCGCACCAGCAACCAGCCAGCUCCGCUCCACCCGGCACCCAGACAGCUCCCCCCGACCCAGCACCCAGCCAGCUCACCCCUCAAAGCACCCAGCCAGCUCCCCGCCCCAGCACCCAGCCGGCUUCCCCCUCAAAUGCAAACGUACUCCAAACUUCACCGUAAACUUCCUCUAA